AUGCUAAAAAAUGGCUUAGAACAACAACAGCAGUCAGCGUUAGCGAUGAUUAACAUGCUGAAUAUGGCGCAGUUAUUAUCGUUCGCAUCAGCUGGACAAACCGCUCUAUCGAGUGAUGUUGCAGCUGGUCCACAAGCUCAAGCAGCACUGGCAAAUUUAGCUGCCGGAUUUCCUCCUCUGAUUUCACCUUUUGGCACUUUAGGACAGUUGCCGGUUUCAAGCGAAUCUACAGGAACUACGUCAGCUGCUACAAGUGAGCAGUCUAGUACAACUGUGGAUGAUGAACGCACUCCACGCACUGGUGUAGCAUUCCGUAAAAUGCUUGAAACUUAUGGAGCACUACUGACUUCAAGCACAGACUUUCCAGGUUUUGAUGUGGUAAUGCAGUAUAAUGAAGAUUUGGAGCAACAGAAGCGUAAAUUAGACAUGCUACCAGAUGAGGCAAUUCCAGCUCUGAGUCGCGCAGAAUGUACAAAAUGCAAUAAAACAUUUAGCAGUAUAUGGGUGCUCAAAGCUCAUUACGAAGAGGCGCAUGAAAGUACUGUACCAGAGGAAGAAAUUGAAAAUUUCGCAAAGCGAUUGCACGAAGUAUUGGAUGAUAACGAAGAAAAAGAAAACGAUGAAAGUGAUUUGAGUGCUGAACAAGCAAGCACAGCAGAACAACCAUUAACACCAGUCUCGAGUUGCAGUGCUAAGAAACGAACUUUGUCAAGAGAUGAACUACCUUUGAGUAGUAGUCAUGGAGCUGAAUUAAACAGCGAAUGUGCAUUCUCACUGAAUCAGUCAUCAACUACCUCAGUUACAAAUGAAGACGAUAAAUAUACACCUGAGGCAAAGAAAGUGAGGGAAGAUAGGCGUUCAAGUUCAGCAGGUACUACACCUCUACCAUCAACAUCAAAAGAUUCACCUGAUUUGAAUAAUCAACUUGCUAUGAUGAGUAUGCUUGGAUUUCCAUUUAUGCCAAAUCCUUUCAUGCCUUUAAUACCACGUGACUUCUUUGCAAAUCCUCUCUUUGCUGCGCAGCAAAAUGCUACAACUGCUUUAUCACAAGCAAUUCCAAGUCCAUCACCGGCUAAACGAGCUCGAACACGCAUUACUGAUGACCAAUUGAAAAUCUUGCGACAGUACUUUGAUAUCAAUAAUUCUCCAAGUGAACAGCAGAUUAAAGAAAUGUCUGUAAAAGCUCAACUUCCAGAAAAAGUUAUCAAACACUGGUUUCGGAAUACUCUUUUCAAGGAACGGCAGCGUGAUAAAGAUUCCCCCUACAAUUUCAACAUUCCACCCCAAAUGACCAUUGAUUUGGAUACUUAUGAAAAAACAGGCGAAACAAAAAUAACUACCCUUAAAGUAGAAGCAGAAGAAAAACCUAAAACACAACUGAUGCAAGUAUCUGAAAAUCCGGUUAAUAUGAGUUGUAUUUCUAAUCAAAUCUCUUCUACAAAUAUUCAAAUUCCCCAAAUGCAUUCAGCGCCAUCUACGUGCAAUAAUCCCUUUGCUUCUUUCUUACACGACGACAAAAAUCUUUCAUCUAUACUAUCAAAUCUAUCAUCUUCGAAUUCAGUAACCGGUCGUCGUGCUAAUCGUACUCGUUUCACAGAUUAUCAACUUCGUACUUUGCAACAAUUUUUUGACAAACAGGCUUAUCCUAAAGAUGAUGAUUUAGAACUUUUAUCGAAGAAACUCCAACUUAGUCCACGAGUUAUCGUUGUUUGGUUUCAGAAUGCAAGACAAAAAGCUCGAAAAAUUUAUGAAAAUCAGCCUACUUCAAGUAAUGAUGAUCGGUUUAUGAAAACUCCUGGGAGUAACUUCCAGUGCAAAAGAUGUCAAUUAGUAUUCCAACGUUAUUAUGAAUUAAUACAGCAUCAACAAAAAUUAUGCUACAAAGAUGAUUGCUUAGCUCAACAAAAAGAUAAUAAAGCCGUAGAAGAAAAUUUGAGUGAAGAUGAAAAGAGCAAUUUAGAAUUAGAUUUACGUGACACCUCGUGCAUGACCUCUGUGCCAAUUGCAUCUACAAGUCAAACAAAUACAUUAGGUGGAGCAUUAGCUCAACUUAUUGGUGCAGCAUCCUGUGGAACUGGUAGUGAUAUUAAUCAAACAGAUUUCUUAAAACUUAUCUCAUCAACUAAACCACAAGACCCAUCACUGAAAUUGAAGAUAAGAGAUAAGAAAAAAGCGAUAUUCUAUAAACGUUGUCCAUUUUGCUGUUUAUUAUUUCAUUCUCGAGAAUCACUAAUUGCACACAUUCCAAAUCGCCAUCCGGAUCAAGUAAACAACACCUCAAUCAAUGUCGACUUACUACCAGACGCCGAAGACGUACCAACAAUUACAUCUUUGGCAGAAGAGAAUUCACCUGGAGAUGGAUCCAAAACAAAUGGUUUUUCUAAAAAAUCAGAACUUUCACCACUUGAUCUCAGCUGUACUACUAAUGGCGAAGGGCGGGAAGAUUCUUUAUCAAUAUCGCCAUCAUAUGCACAUUCUGAUAACGAUGAUAACAAUAGUGAUAACGUUGAUACUAGUGAACGUUACAAUAGCGUGUCUCCUGGUGCUACUGGUGCUGGAUCUUUGAGUUCUCAGAGAAGUCCAACUAGUUCAAAACGAUAUCGUACUCAUUUGACACCACUACAAGUUCAUGUGAUGAAAAGCAUCUUCCUAAAUUAUAAAACUCCAUCGAUGAAUGAAUGUGAUUUGUUAGGAGCAGAAAUUGGUCUUCACAAACGAGUAGUUCAAGUAUGGUUUCAGAAUGCUCGAGCAAAGGAGAGAAAAUCUCGCUCACAGAGUGGGGAUGAGGAAUUUUUUCGCUGUACAUCAACCCGUUGUGCAAUAUGUGGUAUUAACUAUGAUCAUCAUAUCACUAUGCAUGAUCAUAUAUUUACAACUAGUCAUAUUAAUCAAGUCAAGAAACUUCUUCAAGUAGAAAAAAGUCAGUCAGAAAAUUCAAGAGACUUGACAGCUUCACGAGAAAUGAAUGAUAAGGAAGAAACUCACCGGACAAGAAUGAAAGCAGUUCGAGAUCGACGAACUUUGAAAUUACCUACCACAUCAUCUUCCAGCCCUGGAACAAAUACAAUACCACAUUUUCCAUAUAAUUUUUUAUAUGGCAUGCAACCAGGUUUGGCACCAUUAAUGUAUGAUCCAAAUUUGAUGGGUACACCAAUUCCAAUGUUGCAAAUUCCUGAAAGUGUUAUGGCUCAAAUUACGGCUGAUAUGAGUUCUGGACGUGGAUCAUCAAAAUUUACGCAAGAUGGCAAGACAUUUCAGCAACUAGUUGCAGUAAUACCAUUGCGAGAUUUUCAAUGUGCAGCAAGUACAGAUAGUGAGGUAGGCUGGGCAUGUCCACAGUGUACUAAUGUAUUUCAACAGGAACAAUUAUUGAAAAAUCAUCAGCGAUUAAUAUGUCAAGGAUGUGAUUCAGUGUUCAAAUUAAUACAAACACAUUAUCAGUGUCGUGCUUGUAAUGCGAAAUUCGGUGCGCAAACUGAAUUUCGAGUUCAUUGCGAGUCAUUAGAGCAUCAAACAGCACGUGAAAUAUUUCUCGGUAGAGCUGCUUAG